GUUUAGCUGUUUUUCUGUUUGUUAGGAGAUUCUGUCACUAACUGCACCCACAUCUACCUCAUUUUUGUUUGCAUUCAUCGUGAACCCCAGAGCUGUAAAUCAGUUGAAGACAAAUACGGCUCCAGUCACAUGCUAGAAAGUGCUUUCCUCUGACUCGAGACUGCGUUACGGUCCCUGCAGCAGCAGCCUGGAAAGCUUGCUUUGCAAAAGAGCCCAUUAUGUAGGCACAGAAGGAUGCCGAGGAGGAGGAAGUGCGUGUCUGCAAACGAGGGACUUAUCUGCAGCACCGUAGUUCUGCAUUCACUAAAGGUCCCGUGGUUCACGCUGUGGGAACCUUCACUUCCCUGUGAACGGAAAAGGGAUUCAUUUGAGCUUUUAAGAUUGAAAGCUGCUGGGAAUAAGAAGUUGCCCUUCCUUCUACUCGAGAAGACAUGAUUUCCAGGAAAGUAUUGGGAUGUCUUAUCUGCCUGUUUGUUGCUACCACAUUUAUCUGGCUUACAAUUGGGAAUGGAAAAGUGCAUUACCUCCCGUAUUACCUUCCUUGCCCAGAAAUCUUCUCCAAGAAACUCCAAUAUAGAGAAGAGAAGCUAAUCCAGCUUUUCCCCCAAUUAUUUUAUCAGCAGCCAAGAGUACUGGCUCCAAAGCGUCAGGAUGUGCUGACAGUCACACCAUGGCUGGCCCCCAUCGUCUGGGAAGGAACCUUCGAUUCGGAGAUCCUAGACAGCGCCUACAGGCCCCUGAACCUCACCAUAGGGGUGACGGCCUUUGCCAUUGGGAAAUACACAAGGUUUGUGGGCCACUUCUUGGAGUCAGCAGAGAAACAUUUCAUGAAAGGCUAUCGGGUGAAUUAUUAUAUCUUCACUGACAACCCUGAGACAAUUCCCAAUGUCCAGCUGCAACCUGGGCGAAGGUUUGUCAUUGUCCCCAUCAAGAAAUACUCCAGCUGGGAAGAGAUCUCCAUGCGCAGGAUGGAGGCCAUAAACAAGCACAUAGCGGAGACGAGCCAUCAGGAGGUGGACUACCUCUUCUGCCUGGACAUUGACAUGGUGUUCCACAAUGCCUGGGGGCCAGAGACCCUGGGUGAUACAGUAGCAGCCUUACACCCUGGCUAUUUCAAAGUCCCUCGCAGCCAGUUCCCUUAUGAGAGGAGGAGCUCUUCAGCAGCCUACAUCCCUGAUGGAGAAGGGGACUUCUACUAUGGAGGAGCCGUGUUUGGAGGGCUGGUCCAGAAAGUCUAUGAGUUCACCAAGACUUGCCACAUGACCAUCCUGACGGACAAAGCCAACGGGAUCAUGGCAGCCUGGCAGGAAGAAAGCCAUCUCAACAGGCACUUCCUCUCCCACAAACCCUCCAAGGUGCUUUCUCCAGAGUAUUUAUGGGAUGACAGGAAGCCAAAGCCCCCUGAAAUUCACCUCAUACGUUUUUCCACAUUGGAUAAGAACUACAGAGAGAUACGAGAUUGACCAUCUGAUCCCCGCAGAGAUGUCCUCCACACAAUCAAACCCUCUCUAUAUUAGCUCACACAAAGCAUGUCCCAUGAUGAAUUUUUGUUCCCAGUGUGAACAAACUGAGAAAGGAACAUGUAGAUAGGUUAUCUGGAGAGCAGGAGUCUUAAUGCAUUUCAGAAGCAGCAGCCGAUGCGGAGGUGAGAAUGAGAAGGUUUCUAGGUUCCUAAUCUUUGUAAAUAGAAGCAUUCUGCUUGAGACUGCAGCACACAAGAAGGCAUCCAGAAGGCCAGUUACCAAAUGCAAGGCUGCAGAUGCCUUUGCCUGAGUGUUUUCCUGAGGCCUAGCAGAAACCUAGCAAGAUCAAAAUGGGAUUUGACAUUCCUAUGGAGGAGAAGACCUAGACUUUUAGUAAAGACCUUUUCACUUAAAAAAGAAUUUUGCAGGGCAAUAAAUUUUCAUGCAUGGUGAUUUAAACUCGCACCCUUUAUCAGGAUCAGGAGAAAACUUGCGCUCAGAGAAAUUUAUCCCUGAUUAGCGUGCAGCAGGAUUUCUUGGACCUUCUCAGCAGAGAGCUGGUGCCAGCCACUGCCAGUAAGAACCCUGGUCUGACAGGACACAUAGUGUGAAUUCAUAUAGCAGUUAUCUUCCAAAUUCCAGUCUGUGUUUUGGAGACCCGAGUUUAGACAGAACUGGCACAGCUCAGCCCCAGGCUGAACUUCUAUGAGUUUAUUUCAAUCACAGAUGUGCUCUGAACCUUUUCCCUGGUUCACAUGUCUCUCUAGAUCGUGUCAUCUUUUCCAACACAGAAAAUCUGUUAUUGAGAGGUUCAUGUUCCCAUCCAUCGCUUCAGCCCUUUCCAACUUUUCUGAGCUCCGUGAAAUAAAUUGGCUAGAAGCUGCUGGAACCAACAGUAAGAGCUGAUGCAUUUCCAGCAAACAGGGCGAUUUCAUUUUAUAACGAAAUGCUCCAGUGAAACUGUGAGUUCAGCCUAGAGCUGGAAGCAGGCUGGGGUUAACAUUUGCUUUGUGUGAAUGUGAUGAGAAGCUGAACCUGGUGUUUCGCAGCCUUUAAAGCCUGACAGCUCACUGGGGUGAACAGGCUGGGGGGGUCCAAACACAGGGGAGCGACCGCGGCUUGCGUGACUGUCAGCUGAGGUCACAGCAUGGAGGUCCAUGUGCCACCUCCCUCGCCGCAGCGCGUCUGCCAUAAGGAUCUUCUCCGUUACCUCCCGGGACGUGCCACCCAAGGGCUGUGCAAGGCCGUGCCACGUGCGUUUCGUGAGCGGGGAGAGAGCCCACAGGGCGCAGCAGAGGAUGGUGGUGCUGUACGGCUGCGGGGAAAGGGCUAAGCUGGCUGUUUCUAAGGGAACAGUUGUUUGGGUGGGUUCUUUUAAACAAACAAACAAAAAGGACAAGAAAAAAGGCUCAUUUAGCAGAGAGAGAGAAAAUGGGGAAGAGGUGCCUGACUGUUCCUGCUUCUCUUCACAUGAGAAAAUUGCUGGAUGGCAGCGUAUCAAGUAUUCAAAGCUGUAGGGCCCCACCACUGAUUGCAGAUGACUUAACGAGCCAUUUCAGUCCUGUGUGAGCAGGCUGAAAACGGCACUUGCCAGUGUCAUUGUAGGCAUUUCAUCUUCCAGAAGACUAAUUAGAAAAGCUUUCAUGGUACCCACAAUGUAGAUGAGGUACACGAAACACCUCCAGCCCAAAACCCGUAGAGGUGGCUGGGUCUGUUGGUUCAUGCUUUAUCCAGCAAAGGGCUACUUUCUAUUUUCUCCAGACUGUUCUCAGUGCUGUGGUGCUGGAGGAAGACACCCCUCUACAUAACUAAACCAGAACUGAAUCUCUUGUGAAGAUGUCUAUGUUUGGUAACCAGGCACGUCAUCUAAGCCAAAAGGGUGAAGAACGAUCCUUAUCCAAAUAUUUCCAAAAAGGUAUAUUCCCACCAAGCCCAGGAUUAAUACUGUAUAUUUCUUAUUUGUAAAACAGUUGUGGCCAAAGGCCAUGACUGAAGCUAGGGUCUCAUUAUGCCAGUUGCUAUAUAUAUAUAUAUGCAUAUGGAUUCUUUUACAAGUCAGAAGGAACUGUUCAGUCUGAUCUGCACAGGACAAGCCAGAUAAUUUUAUCUCCCGAUGUCAGUAUCAAGCUCACAAGACGUGGCUGGGCUGGGCUAGAUCUCUUAGGAAGGCAUUCAGAUCCAAUAAAAGCAUGAAGUGAUAUAGUGGCCACAAACCCAUAGAUCAGCUGUGCCGAGGGCUAAUUCCCCUUGCGCCUUAGUUCUGCUCUAAAUUGGUCUGGGUUUGCAGCCUGGGUUUGCAGCCACUGGGCUUCGUUCUGCCAUACUAAAUGACUUGAAUUCCUGUGCAGAUAUUCAUAGCCUGUACUAAAUCCACCGUGAGAGGAAGUUCUCUGGCACAAAUGAUGUGUGAUAGAGGGUGGUCUGUGUUUCUGGGGUACCCCUUCUGAAAACCUUCUGUGAAAAGCUUGGUCUCCGCCUCUGCUUCCCAGCCACCUUUUGGCCCACUCCAGGCCCCCGUGACUGACGCAGUGCUAACCUGAUCUGUGCAGUGCCAGACAUGUUUAUCUUCCUGGCAGGCCCGCGGCUUCUCCCCAGGGGAAGGUCUCGUGUCACAUAUUGCCUGACACAGUUCUGCUCGACAGGGCUGUGAUUUGAAGCAGUACCUAGAAACUCCCUGUGUCUCCAGGGAGCAGAAGAAUGUGACUGCAGAAACACGCUCCCCAGCGCAGUGUGGGAGAUGCUCUCUGAAUCAGCUCAUGCCCUCCUCUAAUUAAUGAAAGCCUGGACUUCUGUUGUCAUCUCCUGCUGAUUAAUCCCCUUCCCCCAACGCCAGCAGCAUGCUUUCCUUUUCUCAUUUGGAUUGUGCAGCCUGAGACUUGGGGGCAGUGUGGGAGCUUCACGAGGACCUGCUUUCUGAUCUGAAUUCCCCACCGACAUCCGUUGCUCAGUGGGGAAACUGAGGCACGCGGUAGCAAGGCAGCAGACUGGCACUCUUGCAUGUGAGGUCUUCCUCCACUCGCCACAGGGGACAACGCUGUCUCACGUCCUUGUGCCAAGGGAAUUUGGGCUCGGAAACACGCACGCAGUACUGCAGGGAAAGUCAAUCACCACAUGUAAAUAAAUCAUCAGCCGAUUUACUCUGCCCGAGGAUCUGAUCGUGCUUUCACGGUAUUUCUGACUCAAGCCCUGUUUGUCCUUAACCAAGCCUCAGAUCAGUAGCUCGUUGCCUUCCCAGGGGCCCCUUGUUCCAUCCGUCCCUUUCUGCUCAGCUGGAACAGACUCAUCAUUCAUUGUCCAUCUAAUUUAAGAACCCAUCUGACAAGCUUUUUCUUUCCUUGUCCCGGCUGGUGACUUGCAUGGCGCAUUCAUCCCCAAAGGGAAAACUUCUUUGGGGUGCAAGAAACAGAAACUUCCAGCACUAAACAUGAUCCUAGGUGGGGCCAGACCGUGAUCUUCUCAUUCCUCCCGCUGACAGGACAAGAAUAAUUUCCACUAAGCCAGACUAGCACCCUUUGUCACCCUUUUUCCCUGAACCCUCCCACAGGUGGUGGUGCCCGACAGCAUUGACCAGAAAUGUCCUUUUGAGCCACUUUGAUACGCAGCAAUAGUUACGGAAGGACGGGUCUAGUCAGACCUUCUCUGUGUGAGAUCUGGGGGGCAUGGAAAUGAGGCGGUCUUUGGGCAGACACGGAUGAGGAGGGGUGAGAACAUCACUUAAUCUCAGAGGGCAGCUCUAAGCACCAAGGUUACUGUUUUCUCAGUCGAAUCCCUCUGCUCUGCUUCACCUUGCUGCCCCAGCAAGGGGUGAAAGAUGCAGAGAGCAGGAGCUGCUCUGCAGGUGGAGUGACAGUGGCAGUGACGGGCGCUCUCAGGGACAGCAGGAGCCAGAGGAGGAAUUUGCAGGAGCGGGUCGCACUUUACUCACGCUAAAUCCCCAAUCCUGCGGUUCCGAUCCACACGCAGGUCCACGCAAUCAAAUAAUUCAGGAAAGCAUUGCUAGCAAAAUGCAUUGGAGUGACUUUUAAAUGUCUGCCUACCCACCCGACUCCCUCCUUUCUCUACGAGUAAUGCUGUACUGACUUGACUUUUCUUGGGCUAUAUUUAGAUUAAACAUAGAUCCACCAAAUGUCGCUGUUUCAUGUAAAACUAGUAUAAAGCCAUAUGAAUAAAAAGGCAGUUUUAACCAGAAA